CCACUUGGGACUCGUCGGUUGCAGAUACCUCCGAACCUAAUCAGACUUCUCCAGGCCCGGCCCGCAUUUCAUCGCGUUCAAGUGCAGCACGCAGUGAGCGGGCAGUGCAGGACCUGAAUGACCGCCUAGAGCGCCGCGACAGACAGACUGCAUCUGUAUUCGGAUCCCCUCUGCACCCCGGCACUUCUUCCAAGAGGACUAUUCGCGACUCAUCACAUGCCGACCGCGGAGUUCCACCGAUUUAGCAGCGCGACAACGGUCCAUUAUGGAGAACGUCGUUGGAGAAGACAACUGGCUUGCCUACGUCGAGGAGCAGAGCCGCCAUGCAUACGACCUUGAGUCGCGUGUCAAGGUGGUCGAGCUCUUCAAGCAGGCCAUCGUCUCCGAGCCCGGCAGCUUGAAGAUCUGGCUGGCCUACUGCGAGUGGUUCUGGUCCCUCUUCACCGACUGCCAGAGCAACGAGGCGGGCUGGCCCGAGGAGGAGCAGCAGCUGGGCCGCGAGCUUUUUACCUUCGACGCCGCCUUGAGCCUCUGGAGCGAGGGCUACGAGUCCAUCAAGUACCGAUUGAACGACAGUCACGAGUUCUGGAACCGCUGGGUGUCGAUAGAACAAGAGCAACUGGCCAGAACCCGUACCCCAGUUGGCGUCAGGCGCAUAUCCCACCUCUUCCGCGACCGCCUCCAGGUCCCCCACGCCACCUGGGACAACACGUCGCAGAUGUUCUCCAGCUUCCUCAGCACGUACAACAAUGCGGCCUACGAGUCCGAAUUCAAGGAGGUCACCGCCCUCGCCAAGGACUCCAAAGACGCAUACGAGCUACGAGAACCCUUCGAGUUGAAGCUGAACAGAGCCGCCAGGUCGGGCGACGUGGAGGCUCACAAGGCCAUCAUGAAAGAAUACUUGGACUGGGAGAUGGCACAGAACAGGAAGACCCCCAAGACCGCGACGCUCGCCACGCAGCUCUGUGUUGGUCUCUAUUCGAGGGCGCUGACGGGCGUGUUUGCGUUCGAGGACGAAAUUUGGACCAACUACGUCGUCUACCUCUCUACCAUGCACGGCAUCGUCAAGAGUGGCCAGGCCCAACACUACCUGCCCGACAUGCUGGGCAUCUUGAAGAGAGCCGUGUCCCACUGCCCCUGGUCGGGCACACUCUGGAGUCGUUACAUCCUGUGCGCAGAAGAGACGGGCUGGGCUUUCCACGAUGUUGAGCACAUCAAACACACCGCCACAAACGCGAAAGCGCUCGACAAGAAUGGCAUGACGGGUGUGCUCGAGAUGUACGCUGCCUGGUGCGGCUACCUCAAGCGCACAGCCAUGAACCCGAACGCCCCCGAGGAUGCUGUGGACAUUGCCGACGUUGGCUUCUCGGCCGCAUUGGAGGACGUGCAGCUCUGGGGCGAGCGCUUGUACAAGAGUGCUUACCAGGGGGACCCCAACUACCGCAUCGAGCGCAUCCUCAUCCAGUAUCUCACGGAGAAGAAGGGCGAAAUCGACGCGGCGAGAUCCAUGUGGAACCGAAUGGCCGAAAAGCCCCUUCUUGCGGAUAGCUAUGACUUCUGGUUGAACUACUACCUGUGGGAAAUGGUCAUCUUCUCGUCCCGGCCGAAGAUCCGCAGUCCGACUCCGGCCAAUGGUACGAUGCUCGGGCGAGUUCCCACGCUGGCCACCAACGUCCUAGCUCGUGCCCUGAAGCGCAAGACCCUGGACUGGCCCGAGCGGGUCAUGGAAGUAUACCAUCAGCAUUGCAAUGACAACGAGCGGCCCGAAACCCUCCACCGUGCUCUAGACGUCAUCCACAAGACGAAAAGAACCGUGGCAAAGCGCCGCCAGCAGGAACAAGCCAACGCCGCGGCCGCAUACGCUGCGCAGACCCACGUGCAGCCAGAGGCGGCGACGGGCACCGGCACCGAUGAUGCCACCACGCGAGAUUCACCUUCUAGCUCCAAGAGAAAACGGGGAGCUACACCCGAGGAGUCAGCACACCCUGUCACCAAGAGACCCAAAAAUGCUGAAGUGAACGGCGCUGACGCAGCGACCAAUGAACAGAACCUGAAGCGCGACCGAGAAAACACGAGCGUUCUUGUCACCAACCUGCCUGGAGACGUGACCUCAACUGCUGUGCGAAAGUACUUCAAGGAGUACGGACACAUCCAAUCCGCAACCAUGCACAAGGAGGCUGGAAAUGCCGCCAAUGGCUCCGAUCAAGCCACUGCCACCGCUCUGAUCGAAUUCAGCUUGCCCGAGGAAGCCCAAUCAGCUCUGCUUCGUGACGGUAAAUACUUUGGCCGGUCGCAGAUUGGCGUCGAACCGGGUACUGGCCUCACUCUCUAUGUCACCAAUUACCCGCCUGCAGCCGACGAAGACUACAUCCGCAACUUGUUCAAACAUUGUGGCGGCAUUCUCAGCAUUCGCCUGCCUUCUUUGAAGUAUAACACUCACCGUCGCUUCUGCUACAUUUCAUUCGUGGACCAGGCGGCAGCCGCCAAGGGCUCAGAGUUGGAUGGCAAGUUGCUGGAAGGAAAAUACAAGCUGGUGUCCCAGUAUUCCAACCCUUCACGCAAAAAGACGCGCGAGGGCGCAACCGCAGAAGGCCGCGAAAUCCGCAUCAAGAAUCUCGACCCCAAGGCCAGCGAGGGUGACAUCCGGAGCCUGCUCCAGAAGUACGGCAUGGUGCAGAGCGUCAAUGUCCUCAAGAAUAUCGGCGGCACCAACGUUGGUCUUGCGUACGCCGUUUUUGAGACGAAAGGACAGGCGGAGAGUGCGGUCGACCUCGACAAGGCCAACAUGAACGGACGCAUCUUGGAUGUCGAACUGACGAAGGAGACCAACUUCAAACCUUUUGCUACUUCGAAAGGUGACUCGCCAUCCGCCGCUUCGAGUCCUGCACCGUCGGCCGAUGUCGCAAUGGCGGAGGGAGACACGUCCAACAAGCCCAGCAGCCGGGAGAUCCAGGAUCGAACCAUGGCGUUGCUGAACGUCCCCGACACGGUUAAUGACGCUCGAAUUCGCGCCUUUGCGGAAAAGCACGGCGACAUCGUGAAGAUCGUCCUGCGUCCCGAUCACCAGGGAGCCAUUGUGGAGUACGCAGAUGCCGCAACCGUCGGCCGCGCUAUGCUUGCGCUGGAUGGGUAUGAGAUUGUGCCAGGGCGGAAGCUGCGGACCGGAUUGGUGGCCGACCUGUUCAAGACCAAGGCAGAGCAGAAGAUGGACAGGAUUGUACCAACAGGUGGAUCCAAGAAUGGUGGCAACCCGAGAUUCAUGCCGCCACCCCUGACGAUCAGACGGCCUGCGCUCGGCGGCGGCGGAAAACGGGGCGGGAGGCACGGACUGGGUUUCGUGGCGGCCAAGAAACCAGACGAGGCAGGGGUCAAGGAGGCCCCUGUGAAUGGGACGGCUGAGGCAGUCAAGCCGAAAAGUAAUGCCGAGUUCAAGGCCAUGUUCCUUAGCGGACAAGGUGAUGUUAAAAAGGAUGUAAACGGUGGUUCCUGAGGGGGAGCAGAGUUUGGAGAGCGGUAAUGAUGCAAGAAAUU